CCGGCUUUAGAGGAGAGCAAAAGAUGGCAGCGCUGAAAAGAACAACCGCUUUGCUCCUUGGUUCAAGAUGUCAGAAGAUACUUUCUGCUUCGAGAAGUUUCUCUUCUUCUCCGCCAUCACAAUCCAAUCAGCCCCCAGUGGGUUUCAUCGGCCUGGGGAACAUGGGUAACCAUAUGGCUCGCAAUCUGAUGAAGAAUGGUUAUCCUUUGGUGGUGUUUGAUGUGGUGGAUGAAGUCCUCAAUACGCUCAAAUCUGUGGGUGCAACAGUGGCUGGAUCUCCAGCAGAUGUGGCCGCUCAGGCUACGACGAUAGUAACCAUGUUGCCGUCCAGUCCUCAUGUGAAGGAAGUGUACACAGGUGACAGUGGAAUCCUGAACUCCAUACAGAUUGGCACCCUUCUCCUGGACAGCAGCACAAUUGACCCUCAGGCUUCCAAAGAUGUGGCCGAUUUGGCAAAGUCCAAGGGAGCAGUCUAUAUGGAUGCUCCCGUCUCUGGAGGUGUGAAUGCUGCACGUGAUGCUGGGUUAACAUUUAUGGUGGGCGGACCACAGCCAAGCUUUGAUGACGCUAAGAAGAUACUGAGUCUCUUGGGGAAAAACAUUGUCUAUUGUGGAGAAGUUGGCACUGGUCAGGCUGCCAAGAUCUGUAACAACAUGUUGCUGGCUAUCUCAAUGAUUGGUACUGCUGAGGCCAUGAACCUGGGAAUGAGAUUGGGCCUCGACCCGAAGUUGCUGGCUGGGAUACUGAACACAAGCUCUGGCCGAUGCUGGUCCAGUGAGGUCUAUAACCCUGUGCCCGGGGUCCUGCCUGGGGUCCCCUCCAGUAAUGGCUAUGAGGGUGGCUUUGGGACAGCGCUCAUGACAAAGGACCUUGGGUUAGCUCAGAGUGCUGCCCUCAAUACCCAAUCCCUGAACCCGCUAGGCUCCAUGGCGCUCCAGUUGUACAGGUUGAUGUGCAGCUCAGGUUAUGCAGAGAAGGAUUUCUCUGUGGCCUUUCAGUUUCUGCAGCAAAAGAACAAAUCAUGAUAAUUAAAUGUAUAUUGGGUUGAAUGAACAGAAGUAUAAGGCAUUGCAGUAAUAUCUAAUUUUGAAUCUCUCCUCCAUUUUAUACCCACUUAUGGUUACCCUCUACAAGUAGUAAGCAAAUUUAUUAAGUCUAUCAAGUUAUGUUAAGAUAAAUCAAAUAAUUUUCUGAGGAAUGAGACUAUUUUACAUGUAGCAUAGUCUCUUGUGAAUCAGCAUUUAUUUAAACAAUGACACACAUUUACCUUCCUCUAUCUUCCUCUUCUGCAUACACAAUAUAACUGUUAAAAGUGCUAUAGAUAUCUCUUCUUUCAAGUGUUACCACAUGGAUACUGACUGAAAUCAUUACAAGUACAUUUUUUCUGAUUUUUUUUUUUUUUUUUUUUUGUUGUUUGGAGGGGGUGGGGGGGAUAUAAACAGGUCUUAGGUACAGAUGUACCCUCCAGUGAUUGUACAAAUACUGAUGACAAAAGAGAACAGUAUUACAGGUGAAAUAAGGUGCGGAGUCCUUUUUAAAUUAAUUUUUAUCUCCGGUGAAAAAGGAGACCCAUGAUUCUGUUUUUUGUUAAUUUCUGUGGUGUUUUGAAUGAAAAAUAUCAUGUAUUGUCUCUUUUAGUAUUACAUUUCCGAGAAGUUGAUUUGACCAUGGAAUCACAAGCAAUCUUAGACUUAAGUUAAGGACUGACCUCAGGUUGCCAAACACACUUGACCAAUAAUCACUCCAUCAGCAGAUUUGAUUUUUGUCUUGCACAUUAAAAAACAUCACCAAUUUCUUUACUGUGUGAAAGUGUAAAAUUCUAAUUUUUAAUGUAGAAGAUUUUGUUGAAAUAUAGUGAAUUGUUUUUGGAAUUUUUUAUUUUGUCUUUCAUAGGGUUAGACGUGUUUUAGUGUCUGAAUGAUUACCUCCCCCUCCCCUUUUGUUUGAAAAAGGAAAAGAACGAUGGGAGGUUUGAAAUGACAAGGUGUUGUUGUUGUACAUUUUCAGGGAGAAAUGUCGGGUGUUAUGUUAUCAUUUCACUGAAAUACUCAUUUUUGAACCAAACUGGUGUCUGUAUUUAUAUAUAUGCAGUGAUCUUGUAAAUGAUUAUUUCACGUGGACCCAAAUGACUGAAAUUAGAUGUAAUUGAUUUUCUCUAUUGGGAUUAUACAGGUAAAACUACUUGUUUAAACCAAGCACAUUUAAUUAUUGUUAGACUGACAGCAAAAUAACCAUUGCCAAACUCAGAGUUGAUGAAUGUCUGUUUUCAAGGAUUUUUUUCAGCAUAACUCGCUCAUGUUUUCUGAUGCUGUAUCAGUAAUUGUGAAAACCAUAUGAAUGAUGGUAAUGGUAAGAAGUCAGUAGUGAUUGUUUUAAAACCAUGAUUUAUUUUGCUGUGUUGACCACAAAAAGUGAUGUUAUAAUAUUUAGGAAUUAUUUGUAGAAUUGUAUUCUAGACGUAGUCUUCAAUGUCAGAGAUGUUAUUUUUUUUAUAUUGACCACUUCAAAUAACAUAUCAAAAAUGUCAAAGGUAUGGAUAAGGAAUGUAUGCAUGUAUUCAUUGUUUUUGUUUCUUUUGCUUUGGUGUAAAGAGUGCUACAUCGACUUUUUUAACUGAUUAUUAUGUAGACUUGAGACACACUAUCCCAGAAGUCAUAAUCAUAUUUGGCGUUUUUGACGUUUUGAUAAAAUAAACUUACCACAGAAAUGGCGAAUUCA